CAAACCUUUCGCUGAGAGUGAGAUGUGGGUAAGAGCCAGGGCUCUGGAACCAGGACCCCAGGGCUCCAGCCCCAGCCCCAUCAGUCCUAGCUUUGCAGGGAAUCACUGUGGCUCGUUGUCCUCAUCAGUGAUACGGCGGUCAUGAUCAUAGCAGCCACCACACAUAGGAAUGUUCAUCUGGAUAACCAUCCCCUUGAGGACCUCCCCGCCAUCCUGCCUCCUCCUGCCCCUGACGUUGCCCAACCUCCCUCCACUCUCCAUCUUCCCAGCCCCAUUGUGCUGUUCUGGACCGCAUCUGAUCUGCUGUGGAUACCUCCCCUUCCCCAUCUGCCCCACCGCCCCAACACUGUCCCCUUACCAUGCACCCCCUUUGUCCCUGCUGGUCCUGCUGCUGUCUGCUCCUGGUUUUCUCCUUGGGAGUCCUGGGGACCCCAGUGGCUCCCAAGGCUGCCCCUGAGCAAGUCCACCUGUCCUACCCAGGUGAGCCGGGCGCCAUGACGGUCACCUGGACCACAUGGGUCCCCACCCCUUCCGAAGUGCAGUUCGGGCUGCAGCUUGCGGGGCCCCUGCCCCUCCGGGCCCAGGGCACCUUCAGCCCCUUUGUGGAUGGGGGCGUUCUCCGGCGGAAACUCUACAUACACCGGGUCACACUGCGGGGGCUGCUGCCGGGGGUCCAGUAUGUUUACCGCUGCGGCAGUUCUCAGGGCUGGAGCCGUCGGUUCCGCUUCCGGGCCCUGAAGAAUGGUCCCCACUGGAGCCCCCGUCUGGCUGUGUUUGGGGACCUGGGAGCUGACAACCCGAAGGCCUUCCCGCGGCUGCGCAGGGACACCCAGAAGGGCAUGUACGAUGCUGUUCUGCAUGUGGGAGACUUCGCCUACAACAUGGAUCAGGACAAUGCUCGUGUCGGGGACAAGUUCAUGCGGCUCAUCGAGCCUGUGGCUGCCAGCCUGCCCUACAUGACGUGCCCUGGAAAUCACGAGGAACGCUACAACUUCUCUAACUACAAGGCCCGCUUCAGCAUGCCAGGGAACAAUGAAGGCCUGUGGUACAGCUGGGACCUGGGCCCUGCACACAUCAUCUCCUUCUCCACCGAGGUGUACUUCUUCCUCAAUUAUGGCCGCCACCUGGUAGAGAGACAGUUCCACUGGCUGGAGAACGACCUCCAGAAAGCCAAUAAGAACCGGGCAGCCCGGCCGUGGAUCAUUACCAUGGGCCACCGGCCCAUGUACUGUUCCAAUGCCGAUUUGGAUGACUGUACCUGGCAUGAAAGCAAGGUUCGCAAAGGCCUCCGUGGCAAGUUCUAUGGGUUGGAGGAUCUUUUCUACAAAUACGGGGUUGACCUGCAGCUGUGGGCUCACGAGCACUCCUAUGAACGCCUGUGGCCCAUUUACAACUACCAGGUAUUUAAUGGCAGCCGAGAGAUGCCUUACACCAACCCUCGAGGCCCCGUCCACAUUAUCACGGGAUCUGCUGGCUGUGAGGAACGACUGACCCCCUUCUCCCUCUUCCCUCGGCCCUGGAGCGCCGUGCGUGUGAAGGAAUAUGGGUACACGCGGCUACACAUCCUCAAUGGGACCCACCUCCACAUCCAGCAAGUGUCGGACGACCAGGAUGGAAAGAUUGUGGAUGACGUCUGGGUCGUGAGACCGCUGGUUGGCCGGAUGAUGUACCUCUAGGCACAGAGGCGGCUCUCAUCAGGAACCCUGGGCCUUGCUGCCUUAGCUAGUGUGACCAGACACUGCCCAGGCCCAGGUGAAGAGUUGGGGCAGGCCUUGACUCCCAGCCAUUCUGAGGCCCCAUGUGGGGUGCAUGCAGCCCCAUGGCAACUGGAGCAGCUCUCCCCUCCUGGAGAGGUGGGGGUACCACGGGCUGUGAUGGGCGGGUCAGCGCCCAGGCACAGAGCAAAGCAGGGCAGGUGUGGGGCUGCUCGGCCCUGCUCCCCUGCAUAGCACUGACAGGGCGGGGUGCCUACGGGGCCCCAGGAAUAAAGAGACUUACAGCUGUGGCUCCGUGGACUGUGCACUUUUGCCGGGGAUGCCCCCUGGCCGGUCUCCCCGCCCCUCCCCUCCUACCCCACCCCCCCACCCCUCGCAUGGGCGGGGCCAUGGGCACCCCUAAGUCAGCAGGGUUGGUACGGCUGGCUGGCUGUCAUGACACCACUCUCCAGCAGGUGGUGUCAGUGACUUUCUCCUCCUAGGCUGACCCUCAAGGCUCCCACUGCCCAAGGCACCCUAAACUAGUGUCGCCUUGUGCCUCAGUUUCCCAGCACUGAGAAGUGUUAACACUCCCGCCUCCAACCUGGGGGUUCUGACAAGCCUUAGGAUCUCACAGACCUUCUUUUCUCCUCCCCUUUCCCUUCCUUUUCUCCUCCCUGUCUCUAUCCCCUUCCUUUUUGUGUAUUCACCCAUUAUUUCUUGGGCAUCUCCCAUGUGCCAGGCCCCGGUCUCAGUCCUGGGAGACAGCUGUGAGCAAGCCAGAGAUCUCUGCCUUCACAGAGCUGAUACUCUAACCAGGGGGUCAGACAGCAAACACAAUAAAUGAGAAAAGUGUAAAGCAGGGUAAAAAUUGGG